GGAUUCUGGCGGCCAUUAACGGAGGAGCUUUGGCGGCCAUUAAAGGAGGAGCUUCGGGCAGAAAUUGUAGGCCAGUUGACAGAGCACCAUAGCCCGUUUCCUUCACUCCAUGAGUUUCAAUUCUUUCUAAUUUUUCAGAUUCGCACAGAAUUAGUGAAUCAGGGACUGGGUUGUAUUUACGAAGUUAUAAAUGUUGUGGUUCUGUUGGAGAUGGCAGUUCAUAGGCAGAUUGAGAUACAUGACACUAUUUUCAAACCAGACAAGCAAGAUUUGGGCUUUGACUAAAG